GUUGAAUUAAAUGAUUCUAUAGAAAUCAGAAAGAAUUUGUGGUCACAAAAGGCUGUUAAACUCUGUGAAAAUUCAAAAUGGCUAGGUAUACAGCCAGUACCAAAUGAUUUGAAUUUAGAAGAUAAUACAAAUUAUAUACUUUAUAAUUUAAGUGAAUUAAAAGAUUUUAUUAAAUUUUUAAGUAUAGAUGAUAAUAAUAAUAAUAUAGAAAGGAAAAUGG